AUGAAUCCAAUGUUAUUUACGAAAAUAAUAUUUGUAUUAUCGGUAGUUUUUUCUUAUACAAAAUCAAAUAGUCUUGAGUUUCUUGAAUUAAGAAAUACUGAUCCAAGUAUUAUCGAAGAUGCAACUUUGGAUACGUUUACCCUCAUAAAGAAAUAUGGCUACCCCUGCGAAAUACACAGAGUAUACACCGAAGACAAAUAUGUAUUGGAAAUGCAUAGAAUUCCAUAUGGCAAAGAAAACUCCAUAAAGGGAACUCGCCCCGUGGUUUUCCUCCAACAUGGCUUGCUCUCAUCUUCAGCCGAAUUCGUUCUUAUGAGGCCAGAUAAAGGGCUAGCCUACCUCUUAGCUGAAGCAGGCUAUGAUGUGUGGAUGGGCAAUGCCCGAGGGAAUACAUACUCAAGAAAACAUGUCUCACUUAAAACUACAUCGUCAUCAUUCUGGAAGUUCAGUUGGCAUGAGAUCGGUUAUUAUGACCUCCCAGCGAUGAUUGACUAUGUUAUAAAGGAAACUGGGGUAAAAAAAAUGCAAUAUAUUGCAUUUUCGCAAGGCACAACAGCGUUUUGGGUAAUGACGUCAAUGAGACCCGAAUAUAACGAAAAGUUUACCGCAAUGCAUGCAAUGGCACCUAUAGCAUACGUUGGUAAUAUUCGUAGUCCGGUUAUUCGAGCUGUGGCACCCUUCACAAAUUCGUUAGAGAAAAUAUUGAAGCUAAUUGGGGCAAAUGAAAUUCUACCAAAUGGAAAUUUGAAUAAAUUAGCCGGUGAAAAGUUGUGUAUUGAAGAAGCCAUCACACAGUCUCUGUGUACGAAUCUACUAUUUCUUUUCUGCGGUUUUGAUGUUGAACAAUUGAACAAGACUAUGCUACCCGUAGUUAUGGGCCAUACACCAGCCGGAGCGUCCACAAGACAAUUCAUACAUUUCGGACAAUUAUAUAAGUCCGGAAAAUUUGCCUAUUUCGACCACGGUUGGUGGACAAACAGACGAACUUACGGGUCUUUUAGGCCCCCCGCAUACAAUAUUAGUACAAUCAAAGUACCAAUUUUCCUUCACUAUGCUGAUAAUGAUUGGCUAUCGACACCAAAAGACGUUGACAAAUUAUUCAAGGAACUCAAAUCUGUGGUGGGAAAAUACAGAGUCCCAUUAGAUAAUUUCAACCAUUUGGAUUUUGUGUUCGCAAACGAUGCUAAGAAACUUAUAUACGAUAGAAUAAUACGAAUAAUGGCACAAUUUUAA